GUUUGGUUGUUUGUGUCAGUGAGGUCGGUGGAUUGAGUUUGUGUUGGAGCAUGGCGUCAAUAGAAUUUGAUGAUGGGAAUCCUGAAAUUACAGAGGAUGGUCAGAAAGAUGGCUUUGGAGUUGGCACAGAACCGAUUCCUAGCCAUCCUUUGCCAUUUAUUCACUACAACUGGGUAGACGUUACUGAGGAAUUCUUCAAAGCUGUUAAAGGCCUAGAGUUGGGUGAACUUCUGCACGAUGAACUGUUUGGUUUAUUUGAAGCAAUGUCGGCAAUUGAAAUGAUGGAUCCCAAAAUGGAUGCUGGCAUGUUAUGCAAUAGAGGAAACAAAACAGCGCUAAAUUUUGACCAGGCUGUAAAGGGUGGAGUCUUAAAAGUUCAAGAUCUAAGCAUAGCAGAACAGAUUGGAAUAAUUGAUUCUACCUUCGCUUGUUUGGUUUCUUGGCUUGAGGGGCAUUCUCUAGCUCAAACUGUAUUCACAAAUUUGUACUUGCAUAAGCCACAUCAAAUUGAAGAUCGUCCAAUUAAAGCUUUCAGCAUAUGUGUGUUUAAAAUAGUUGAUGUCAUAAAAGAUUUUGUUAACAGGGCUCAGGUUUUUGAAGAAGAAGAUUUCCAGCCAAUGGUAUAUGGAUACCGUCUCAUACCAGAUGUUACAGAACAGAGAGCUGUAGGCAUGCUGAAGGAGGUUGAGGAAGACAUACAGAGACGGAUACGUGGUAAAGUUCCUGAUAUAAGUUCUUCAUCUGAGCAUGAUGAUCUUGUGGCAUUGAUGUCACGUAUCAAACUAACAAGACUUUUAUAUCAGGCCUUAUGCACACUCGGGCGCCGAGAUCAACAACUAACUUCAGCAACUCUUGCCGAUUGCCCCCGACUUCUUUCCAGCUGCCUGGAAUUGUUGUCUACUGUUCAUCGCACUGUUGGCCGUGGAGUGCAACCUGAAGUUGAAUCCGAUCAUCCAACAAUAAUGGGAUUUGAUCCCCUUGUUAAUCAACGUCUGCUGCCCCCAACUUUUCCACGCUAUACAAAAAUAAAAUCUCGGAUUGAAGCCUUUGAAUAUUUUGAGGAGCUAUUAAACAGACUGAAAGUGGUUUGCAAAAUUACUAACUACACAUCUUUCCACUCUGCACUUGACUUCUUCAUUGAUUUCAGUCGACAUGGCCCUUGUAUUCUUUCUCGAUCCAUUCUUCAGCUCCUGUAUUUACCGCAGUGUAAUAAGGUGUUUGGCAGUCUAAAUUUUGUUGAUGUUCUUAGAGAUGCUGCAAAAAACUUUAUAUUUCCUCCUGCUUUGAUGCCUAGGUCUACACUUUUAAACAAUCAACAGGCAAAAGAAUUUGUGGAGUCAUUCCUUGGUCACUGUGUGAGGCCAUUUGGAAAUUUAAUUCAACUGUGUGGCCAUAACAGAGCCAGACAGAGGGAUAAAUUAGCCCAUCUACUUGAAGAUUUUGCAGCCCUUCAGGAUGAGGCUGAACGAGUUGAUGGAUAUCUGCACACACUUUCCUUGAAGUCUGAAACACCAAGGCCACACUUAGCAUGUUUUGGAACCUGGAUUUUGUAUCAUACUUUGAGGAUAAUGAUUAUGUAUUUGCUGUCUGGGUUUGAACUUGAACUGUACAGCACACAUGAAUAUCAUUACAUCUUUUGGUACAUGUAUGAAUUCUUGUAUAGCUGGUUGGUUUCUGCCCUGAACCGUGCUGAAAGCUUCUUUGCUGAGCAAGAAUCUGUAGUUGAGCAACAUAACAGGAGUAGAGCAAAUAAAAAGAAUAAAGCCAAGAAAAAGAAAAUGAGACCUUAUGGGAGGGAGAUCAUGAUCUACCAAGCACUGCAGAACAUCUGUGGUGGUUUGUACAAGGCUAUGGUGGGUUUCCGACUGGAUGGAAAAAUCAGGCUUCCUCAUCCAGAGUUUGAUAAUGAACAAGUACGCUAUGAGCAUCGAUUUGCACCAUUUGCUAGCUUGUUGACUCCCCCACCUAUGCAGUAUACUGAGUUUAGAGAGAUGACUUCCUUGCAACGCUAUGAGCAGCCACCUACAAGCACAAACUUGUACUUGUCGGGGUGUCAACAUUUCCAUAAAGCCCGGACAAUAUUAGAAGGGAUUACAAAUCAAGAUCAAGAGGUUAAUGAUCUGCUGAAAGUGGCCAAAACAAACUUUGUUGUUCUGAAACUACUUGCAGGAGGCCACAAGAAAGAUUCGACCACACCACCAGAAUUUGACUUUUCAACUCAUCGUCAUUUUCCAAUAAUCAAACUUCCAUGAGAUGGUUGACAACUUUAUUGAAAUUAAUGUAAUAUUUCAUUGCCCUGUGUCUCUUUGUAAUUAAAAUUAUUUAUUUUGAAGUUUGUA